UGUGCCCUAUACCCCCUCCCCGGCCCUGGAUUCCGCUUCCCGUCCGCUCGCGCUGCAGUCGCAGCCGCCUCCAGGUUCCACGCCGCCUCUGGAGUCCAUGGCCGGGACGCGCUGGGUGCUCGGGGCUCUGCUCCGAGGCUGUGGCUGUAACUGCAGCAGCUGCCGCACCGGCGCCGCCUGCCUGCCCUUCUACUCGGCUGCUGGCUCCUUCCCCUCAGGCGUCUCAGGCCGCCGCCGCCUGCUGCUGUUGCUCGGGGCCGCUGCGACCGCCGCCUCCCAGACCCGUGGCCUUCAGAUCGGGCCUGCGCACGCCGGGAGGCUGGCGGGGCCUCCCCCCGCAGCCGCAUCCGCCGCCGCCGCGGCCGCCGCCUCCUACCCAGCCCUGCGUGCCUCUCUGCUGCCGCAGUCGGUGGCAGCGGCCGCGGGCCCGGUGCGCGGCUACUGCCAGGAGUCCAAAACUACCUACCUGGAAAAUGUUCCACCACCCCCUGAAUAUGAACUGGCUCCAUCCAAGUUAGGAGAGGAAGUGGAUGAUGUUUAUCUCAUUCGAGCUCAAGGAUUGCCGUGGUCGUGCACUGUGGAAGAUGUGCUUAACUUUUUCUCAGAUUGCAGAAUCCGCAAUGCUGAGAAUGGAAUUCAUUUCCUCUUAAACAGAGAUGGGAAACGAAGGGGUGAUGCCUUAAUUGAAAUGGAGUCAGAGCAGGAUGUACAGAAAGCCUUAGAAAAGCACCGCAUGUACAUGGGUCAGCGUUAUGUGGAAGUAUAUGAGAUAAACAAUGAAGAUGUGGAUGCCUUAAUGAAGAGCCUUCAGGUCAAAUCUUCACCUGUGGUAAAUGAUGGUGUGGUUCGUUUGAGAGGACUUCCUUAUAGUUGCAAUGAGAAAGACAUUGUAGACUUCUUUGCAGGACUUAAUAUAGUAGACAUUACUUUUGUCAUGGACUACAGAGGGAGAAGAAAAACAGGGGAAGCCUAUGUGCAGUUUGAAGAACCAGAAAUGGCCAACCAAGCUUUGUUGAAACACAGGGAAGAAAUUGGUAACCGGUAUAUAGAGAUAUUUCCAAGCAGAAAGAAUGAAGUUCGAACACAUGUUGGUUCUCAUAAGGGAAAGAAAAUGGCAUCUUCUCCUACUGCUAAGUAUAUAACUGAGCCAGAAAUGGUCUUUGAAGAACAUGAAGUAAAUGAGGAUAUUCGACCCAUGACAGCUUUUGAAAGUGAGAAGGAAAUAGAAUUGCCUAGGGAGACAUCAGAAAAGCUUCCAGAGGCUGUUGAUUUUGGAACUAUGUCUUCAUUACAUUUUGUCCACAUGAGAGGAUUGCCUUUCCAAGCCAAUGCCCAAGACAUUAUAAACUUUUUUGCUCCACUGAAGCCUGUUAGAAUCACCAUGGAGUACAGUUCCAGCGGGAAGGCCACUGGAGAAGCUGAUGUGCACUUCGAUACCCAUGAGGAUGCUGUUGCAGCUAUGCUCAAGGAUCGGUCUCAUGUUCAGCAUAGGUAUAUUGAACUCUUCUUGAAUUCGUGUCCAAAGGGAAAAUAAGACUUCCAGGAUCUCCAAAUAAUAAGGAUGAAGCAAGAAGCAUUUCAUUUGCACAUCUUUCUUGAACAUGGUUGAUACCAAGUUCCAGUUUAUUAGCAGCAACUAGAGAAAGGAUUUUGAGGUUUUGGGUUAAUAAAAAAAAAUUCCAUAGUGGACUGUUUAGAAAGAGAAAGGAGAGAUUGAAUUUGAGAUAAUGAAAUAAACUACAAAUUUUUGUUUAAACUGUCCAGGAUCUGAUUUAAAAAUCCUGAUCUUUAUUUUAUAUGAUCAAACAAAUUUUCAUAGAGGAUAUGGUAUCCAGUGUAAAGACUACAAAUUUUUAUUCAGCAUUGACCCUUGAAACUUUUCUUCAGUUUAAAAAACAGCCUUUUCAAGGUUUUGUUCUUUGCCUCUGAAUUAAGAGUUUUAAUGUAAAACUCUUGGUUUAAAGGUUCCCAUUGAAUAAAAUACUGAUUGAUUUUAACAAAACCCUCACCAAAGCGAGGAAAGGUUCCAGACCUUUGAACUAGUGUGGUUUGGGAGGUUACUUUUAAUUUUAAGAGUAAUUAAUUACUUGGAUAACAGUAGGAAGUGAACAAAUAAAAGGAAUCAAAAUAAAACCCAAAAAGCCACAGGUUAAUUAGUGUAAACAACAAUUUGGUUUAGAGCUUUAUGUUUCUAGAAAUGUUUUGCUUUCCUAAUCCUUAGACUACCGGCUUUUAACUCGGGUGCCAAUCUAUUUAAUGAGGGAAUUCUAGUCUCAAAAGUUGUCUAAACUUCUCCCUCCCCCCUUUUAAUUCAGUUUUAGGUAAAUCUUGGGGCUGUUUAUUUGUCACAAAACUGAGGUGACAUGCACAACAGUCCAGACUGGUAAGGACAUUAAUGACUUCACUGGAAUUUAAACCAGCUCUAGAUAGGACAAAUUAUGAGUCUCCUCAUGUGCUUUUUCAGUGGGGUAGCACAUCAUAUAUUUUAGAACAGGUAGGGAUGCCUUGCUUAAAUAAAAAUAGCUUUUAAUGUAUAAUUGUGUGAAAGAGUUUUGGAUAAAGCUAUACUUCUGUUACAUUUUGGCAGUACCUUCUUUAAUAUUAAACAGCUUGUUAUUUACGUAUUGGGUCAAAAUGGCUGGCUUCAAAAUGUAGUCAUUAAUAAACCAACUUUAUCUGCA